AGUCACAGUCUUCUGUCAUUUUGAGAAUCCCGAAGGUGGAGAGGUUAGACCGAAGCAGGGCAAGCCACAAUUGUGCCGAGGUGCCGAAUCCGACAGGGAGCUGCAUCGACAUCGACAGGCUCCCCUGUUCGGAGCCUCGGAUGUUCUGCUGCUAUGCCCAAAAGUCGACUCGCUGAUGAGCCUCCUGUCGCGAUCUCCCGACGAUUCUCCUUGCGCCACGAUUGCCACUCUGCGGUAUGAAAACACCGUAUAUGCAUGCAUGCAUGUCGACGAGGUGGACGACAACACUGCUGCUACUACCAGCUUGUGGCAUGUGAAUGAGGCUGUGAAGCAUACGUGUCUAUUUCUGUCCUUUCUCUCUCAGUCUCUGACGUCGCAACUACCGGCGGUGGCUGGGCUGAGUCGUUGGAGAUCGAUCCCUGCAUCCGCAUGUUCUGUCCAGUGCUGCCGCAGAGCCGCCAGGCGGGCUCGGUGCGCCUGUGCAGCCCUUGAUGAAAGAAGCACGAUGUCCACCACGUCCCUCCCUGUCUCUCCUUCGCUUCUUGCUCAAACUUUCUUGCUAGCACGGCGAAACCAGCCACAAUGCCUGACAAGCCUGUUUGGGUCCAGGGCACUAGCCGCGGAUCGCGUUGCUCUCUUAAUACAUCGGCCUUGUCCAUCCGUGGACCAUCGACGGAGACUAGCACACUAGGACUGGAAUGCAGCGUCGUCGCAAUUUCUCUGCACCAGCGUACUAGCCCCCCUC